CAUCAGCUAUUUAACAUAGUUUUGGUUUGAGAGGACAGACGACAUACCCGUGGUACAUGCUUGAACAAGCACACCACAUCUGUUUACUUACAAUAUGAAGUUCUUUAGCAUGUUGAGCCAUGAGACCUUGGUAGGCUUGAGUUUUGACUUUGUAAGAAAAUGAUUGACCGGUCAAAGUUACGGUUACAAACACGCAAUAUUGAAACGUUUGUCACGUGCAGAAAUUUUGAAAGAUUUCUCUGGCUGGAAUUUAUUCUAUCACACUCUUUUGGCCGAAUGUAAUUGUAGAAAAUAUGAAAGGGUAUACAAUUAUUAAUGUCCUUAAUUAUCGUUUCCAUCAUCUGGCUAUAUAGUAUCUGUGCGAUAUGCGUUUGGCAUCACUUGGCAGCGCAGAUGAAUCAGGUGAGCUCCAGCGCCAUUGGCGGGUCUGAUGUGCCGCCACCACCAGAACAGCAACAGAUGUUGGAUGCGGUAGGCCUCACCAUGGGGGUGGAUACCAAGUUGGCGAUGAGGCGCAGCAUUAACCGAGACAGGAUAUCCGAGCAUAUAGAGAGUAAGAAAUACUUGGCUAACUUGCAAGGGAUGCUGCCAGACCUUGCGACACAGCUCGAGGAAAUAUUGUUUAAAGUUCAUGGAUGCAAGAGGGAGUACUACAAUAUGGUGGAGCGGCUGUUUGAGCCAGAAUUGCAGCUUGCUAUCCAGCUCUUGAGUGUCCAGAACCCACAAAAUCAAGAACUGUCAAGGAAUAUCCAAACUUUCCCUGCAAUAGGAACAGAUUUUUGCGCACCUGGUAGUAUCAAGGGCGAAAGUGGAAAUCCUAUGAUGUAUUCAGAUGUGAAAUUUAAGAUGGGACUUGCUUCUUCAUCUCUAAUAGGAAAACAUCCCAAGGUGAUGGAGGCGAAGGAGGUCCCAAGGGAACUAAAGUUCAGCUGCCCAGUCUGCAUGAACGAGCUGGUGGAUGCAUCAUCCACCAUAUGCGGCCACAUCUUCUGCGAGAACUGCAUCAAGGCCUCUAUCCAGGCUCAGAGAAAGUGCCCUACCUGCCGGAAGAAGCUGACCCUGCGCGGUUUCCACCGGCUCUACCUCCCGGCGACAAACUAGAGCCGCUGCGCCAAUCUGAACUUUCUCCCCACCAGCAUUUUGGGAUUGUAUCUGAAUGACUGAAUCAGCCUUCACAAGGUUAUCGUUACCAAUUAGUUUUUUCCCAAAAAUUUGAGAACCAUGUUUUCAUGGCACUUGAGACGUCGUUAUCAAUAAGUAUCUGUAGCUGGUUAAGAAUAUAGAUAUCUCAAGACUGUUGUUGCCUUUCCUUUGGCAUGUCAAAGCCCGUGCCUGGUAUUGUGAACUCCGUGUGCGAUGAAAUAUUUGAUAUAUAUUUUUUCUGUUUUUUA